AUGGGCACUUCGGACGAUGAGAAAUUCAUGAUUCCCAUGGUUACAAAACAUCCCGAAGCGGCGGCGGUCCUUGAAACCGAAGAAGAAGACGAGGAAGAAUCGGGAACCAAAGAGUCCAAGGAGGCAGUCAAAUAUGGAAGUGCCGAGGGCUCCGCUGAGAAGGUGGCUGAGAAGUCCCCAGUGGUGUCACCGAAGUCGCCUGAAAAAUCUUCAGCGAUGUCGCCUGAGAAGCCUCCUGAAGAGAAAACUAAGAAGCCGGCAAAGGUGGAAAAUGGUGCG